AAUCUCGAUUUCGAUCCUCUCAAGUCUCAUCUCUUAGUCGUUUUGUCCAUAAUGGCAGAGCGGAAGAGAUACUCUGGUUCUGGUAUAUCUUCGUCUUCUUGGUUCUCUCACUUUCGGUCUUCAGCCGUUAGAUCCAAGCCUCUAGUUAGUUCUUCCUUGGAUACUACUGUCCGUACAGGUUCUGGUGAAGCUCUCGUUCGUCGUCUCGGACUCUUCGAUCUUAUACUUUUAGGUAUCGGUGCAUCAAUUGGUGCUGGUAUCUUUGUCGUCACCGGAACCGUUGCUCGCGAUGCUGGACCUGCUGUCACAGUUAGUUUCAUUCUGGCUGGAGCAUCCUGUGUGCUUAAUGCACUCUGUUAUGCCGAAUUGGCAUCCCGUUUUCCUGCUGUUGUUGGUGGAGCAUACUUGUAUUCAUACUCAGCAUUCAAUGAGCUUACAGCAUUUCUCGUGUUUGGACAACUGAUGCUUGAUUACCAUAUUGGGGCAGCUAGCAUAGCACGAAGCUUGGCAAAUUAUUUUGUGAACAUACUGGAGCUCUUUCCCUUAUUCAAGGAUCACAUUCCAAGCUGGAUUGGCCAUGGUGGUAAAGAGUUCUUUGGAGGAGCUCUAUCGAUUAACAUAUUAGCUCCAAUUCUCCUAGCUGUUUUGACAAUUAUUCUCUGCCUCGGUGUUCGAGAAUCAUCUGCUUUGAACUCAAUUAUGACUAUCACAAAGUUAAUUAUUGUGUUCAUUGUCAUUGCGGUUGGUUCUUUUGAGGUUGACGUAUCAAAUUGGUCUCCUUUUGCUCCAAAUGGGUUUAAAGCAGUAAUGACUGGAGCAACAGUAGUAUUUUUUGCGUACGUUGGAUUUGAUGCAGUGGCUAAUUCAGCUGAAGAAUCUAAAAAACCACAGAGGGAUUUACCAAUAGGAAUCCUUGGAAGUCUUCUUGCUUGUGCAAUAUUAUAUGUUGCUGUCUGCUUAGUGAUCACUGGAAUGGUACCGUACAAGUUUCUUGGUGAAGAUGCUCCCUUAUCUGCAGCUUUUACAUCAAAGGGCUUGAAAUAUGUUACUAUAUUGAUUAGCAUAGGUGCUGUUGCUGGGCUUACUACAACCCUUCUAGUUGGCUUGUAUGUUCAGUCUCGGUUAUAUUUUGGGCUUGGAAGGGAUGGUCUACUGCCUUCAAUAUUUGCAAAAGUACACUGUACACGUCACACUCCUGUUCACUCUCAGGUUUGGGUUGGUGUGGUUGCUGGCAUCUUGGGAGGACUAUUUAAUGUACAUGUACUCUCACACAUUCUUUCGGUUGGCUCGUUGACAGGCUACUCUGUCGUUGCAGCAUGUGUUGUAAGCCUUCGUUGGAAGGAUAGAGCAUCAAGUCUAGUUUCUUCAAGGUGGAUUUCAAAUUGGCGGGAAGGUGUCAUAUGCCUUGUCGCAGUUGCCUGCAGUGGGUUUGUUGCAGGGCUUUGCUACCGUUUUGAUGCUCUUAUCUGGUUGCUGGUACCUAUAAUAACAGGAAUACUUGCUGCAGUUGCUCUAUAUUAUCGACAAGACUAUGUGGAACCAUCAGGGUUUUCUUGUCCAGGAGUUCCCAUCGUUCCAGCUGUUUGCAUCUUCUUCAACAUAUUCUUGUUUGGUCAGCUACACUAUGAAGCAUGGAUAAGAUUUGUGGUCCUCAGCAUUGUUUCAGUUGGUAUCUAUGCAUUUUACGGGCAGUAUCAUGCUGAUCCGGAAGCUGACCCUGCGUGACUUGGUUUAAAUGGCUGACUAGCUGUGGGAAAAAAGGAUUGCCGGGUGUACAUGAGUUCCUUUCAGGCACAAGAAUGGGAAGCUGCAAAUUUUUAGCUUACGCAAUGCAAUGGCUCAUCGAUUGUCUCCUGGAAUCAUCUCCCUCACACCUUCCUCUCCUUUCUAUAAGAGGGAAGAUGUUUGACCAGUUAUUAUGUAUGCAUUCACUCAUAUAAGUGGUUGUCUUCCCAAAUGAAGUCACUUUAGCUCCUUUUCAACUAUCUCCCUACUCAAGCCUUUCUUAUCCACCGCCUAAUACCUGUUAAUCCUUCCUGUUAUCUCUGCCCCUCAAGUACUGAAGACAUUCCCUACCUCUUCUUUCUCUUGCCCUUUCUCCUCCGUGGUUUGGAAGUCUGUUAUCUCCAAAUGCUGGCCCAAUAUCAGAUCCAUCCUUCCCUUUGAUAGAGAAUACAUUUGGAUUGAUAUGACAUUUUCUAGCCCUUCUAUCUGUGACACUGUGGGUAAAUUGGCUUUUUGCGCUACUAUAAACCAUCUCUGGAUGGAGCGCAAUAUUCGUAGAAGGACCCCCAAAUCUAGGUCUCUGGACCAGAUUUGGAAAGUUAUCUAUUUUGAUGUUAUUUCUAAAGUCCAGAGCAUUCACACUCGUUUCCCCCGCUCCGUCCCUUUUAACCCAAAAACUGUUAUAUCAUUUCUUCUUGGAACCUUCAGGUUGACCUCAUUCAGCCUACUUGAGCUGUCAGUUGAAAGCUGCUCCCCUUCCCUUCUUGUCUUUGUUGUAGCUUUGUGUUGUCUUUUAUAUUUUUUUUGAUUCCCUUCGGUUUGGCUUUC